AUGAAGCCUUUGUCACCCAAAAAAUUUAAAAUCAUUGGUACCAUAGCCCAUUCCAUUGGAUUGGUGCUCAGUAUAAUGAUCUUCGUGUUCGGAAUCUACGUUGCCGUGAGCAACGAUAGAGUAAUUUCGAUCAUCGUACUCGACUGCUUCGGAGGAAUCACAGGGUUCAUAUUUUCAGUGAUCGGAAUCAUUGCAGUGUUAAAGGAGAACACCACCUUCUUGCUGUUAACGAGAAACGUGUUCUCUGUGACUGCCUUCUUCUCGGCGGUCUACACACUGGCCCAUGGCCUAAUGCCCUUCUACCACGACUUUUACGAGGAUGAGUACGACCUUAAGAACAUGUACUACCUGGCAUCAGGAGGGUUCUUUUUAUUGAUUAUAGAGUCGCUGUACUCCGUAUACAUUGCCCAUUCUCUGUACAAGGCAUACUUGCAGGCUUCCGAUGAAACAAAAGACGUAGAAACACCAAAAGAGAAAAUGUCUUUGGAAUCAUUAAUGAAACUACAAUCCUAUCAAACUCCGAUUUGA